AUGAGAAUUGAUGAAUGGUUUAAACAAUUUCAAUCAAUUGAAAUACCUGCAAUUGAAAAUAAAUGGAAUGGUAAAAAAGUUGAAAAGAAACAAUUGGAACAAUUUAUAAAUAAGAUAGAAACUAGUUUAUUAGGUGUUGAAAAAUUAUUAAAACAAUGUUUGAUCAUAAAUAAUAAUAGUAAUAAUAAUGGUGGAGUAGGAAUAAUUGGGAGUAUUAAUAAUAAUAAUAGUAACAAUAGUAAUAAUAGUAAUAGUAUCAAUAAUAUAAACAAUUUAUCAAAAGCAUGGCCAACAUUAUUUAAUUUUAGAAUGCUUGAAACAGCAGAUACAUUAAGAUUCCCAAUUCAAAAACAUAUUAAAAAUUUAUUAAACUUCUAUUUAAAAUAUACAAUAAAAAAACAAAAAUUACAAACACCUUCAUCAUCAUCAUCAUCAUCAUCUAAUGGUGCUUCAGUUUUAAAUAAUAAUAAUAAUAAUAAUAAUAGUAAUAACUUUAAUAGUAAUUUAAAUAAUACUAAUAUUAAUAAUAAUAAUGUUGAAAAUUCCUUUUCAAAUGAUAAUGAUAAUAAUAAUUAUGAUAUAAAUGAAAAGGAAAAAGAGAAAACUUUGAUUCAAAAUUUAGCCGAGUCAAUGAUGGAAUAUAUGAAAACUCAUCAAUUAGAUCCUGAUAAUUCAUUAAUUGGUUUUAAUGUAUCACAAAGUUUGGUUGAUAUUUUACAAAAUACAAAAAUAUACAGAAAAUUAAGAGCAAUACCUUCAAAUCCAAGUUUACAAUUAAAUUCAAAUAAUAAUAAUAAUAGUAAUAAUAAUAAUAAUAGUAGUAAUAAUAGUAAUAAUAGUAAAAAUAUGAAUUUUUCAAAUUUUAAUAAUGAUCAUAAAAAUAAUAAUAGUAAUGGGAAUAGUAAUAAUAUAAAUAGUUCAAUACCAUACAGUGGUACAAAUAGUAAUAAUAUUAAUAAUAGUAGGUUUGAUAGUAGUGAAGAAGAAUUAACAGUUGAAUAUUUAUUAGAAUUAAUUGAUCAUUGGUCAAAAUUAAAAGAUAGGGAAAUUGGUGAAGAGAUUAGAGGUUUCAUAAGAUCAAAAGAUAAAUUAGGUAUAUUUCAAGGUGAUUUGGUAAUAGUUAAAACAAAGGAUCAAAAAGAUUUUGAAAAUAAAUAUAGAUUUAUAUUUGCAAGAUAUUCAGGUCAAGUAAGAGAGAAUAUAAAUAUUAAUAAUAACAAUAAUAAUAAUAAUAAUAGAAAUGGUUUAAAUAAUAAUAGUAAUAAUAAUAAUAAUAAUAAUAAUAAUAAUAAUAAUAAUAAUAAUAAUAAUAAUAAUAAUAAUAAUAAUAAUAAUAAUAAUAAUAAUAAUAAUAAUAAUAAUAAUAAUAAUAAUAAUAAUAAUAAUAAUAAUUUUGUUGGUGAAUAUUUAUCAGUUUAUAUUAAUGCAAAAGAAACUGAAUGGAUAUGGAUUCAUAGAGAUGAUGUUUAUAAAUUUUCAAGAGAUAUGAUUAAUAAUUGUUCAUCAUCAAGAAGAAUGUCACAAUUAAUUGAAUGUCCAACAAAUAAUUUAACAAGAGUGAUCUCAAUUAGAGAGGAAAUGAUUCUACGAGAAUAUUUAGAAAAGAAAACUGGUGUAUCAGGUUUAUUAAUUGAUAAACUUGAGAAUCAAACCAUCGGUUUUAAAGAUCUUAAACAAUUACGUUCAAUAGGUCAACAAUUAUCUCAAUUGCAUUGCUCAGGUUUACCAAUUGAUUUAUCAAAUUCAAUUCAAAAAAUUGUUUGUGCUGAAGUUGGUAGAUUUAAAUCAUCAUUGUCAUCUGAUAAUCAACAACAAUAUAAUAAUAUUAUAAUUAGUAAUAAUGGUCCUAAUAAUAAUCCUAAUAAUAAUAAUAGCCCUAAUAAUAAUAAUAAUAAUAAUAAUAAUAAUAAUAAUAAAAACAAUCAACAACAACCUUCAAUAUUAUUAUAUUUACCAACUAAAAAGCAAUUAUUAGAGAGUUUAGAUAAAUAUCCAACUAUUAGAAUUACACAUUUUAAAAGACGUGUUGAAUAUCUUUAUGGAAGAUGUGAAAUAUUGAUAUCGAAAUUGAUUCAACAAAAAUUGGAGAUUUUAGAUGGUAGUAAAAAAGUUAGAGUUGUAAAUUGGUGGUUAUCAUUAAUAAAAGAACAAGUAGAUUGGUUAUUAACUAGUCGUGGUUAUGAUAAGAAUGCUGUUCCACAUGAUUAUACAAUUACACCACCAUUAUCAAUGACAAAGGUUGCAAAUAAUCUAUUGGUACUUCAUAAUGUAAUUCCAAGUGGUAUCGGUAGUAAUUGCAAUUAUUAUAGUGGUUAUCAUUGUGAUGGUGGUUUGAUUGCUUUAGUUAAAAAAUUAAAAGAUGAAAUUUAUCCUGUAAUCUCUGAUUUUAAUUCAAAUAUUAAAUAUAUUUUAUGUGAAUGGUUAGAUUUAAAUACUUUUGAAAAUAUUAAUAUUAAUAUUAACCAACAACAACAACAACAACAACAAAUUACAUCUUCCUCACCCUCUUCAAAUUCUUCAACUCCAACACAACAACCACAACAACAACAACAACAACAACAACAAAUUAUUAAUAUUAAUUCAAAUGAAUUUGAUAUUGAUUCAAUUACAAUUAAUGAUUUUUAUAAUGGAUUAGAGAAAGAGAAACAACAUUUAUCAAAUGAUAAUAUUAAUAAAAUUAAGAGAAUGAUUAAAGAUGUUGAAUAUUUAUCAUCAAUGAUUAAAUUGGAGAAUCAAAUUCAACAACAACAUGGUGAUAAUUGUAGUGGUAGUAUCGAUGUUUUAUCAGGUGCUGCAAAUAAUAGUGAUAUCAUUCCAAUUAGUGGUUUAAUCUAUGGUAGAUUAUUUAGAAUUGAGAAUGAAUUAAGAACUUGUUUAGAAUGUUGGAAAGAUUAUGAUUCUCUAAAUAAUAGUUUCAAUAAUAAUAGUUAUCAACAAUUGGUACUAAGUAAUCAACAAUUUCAAAAACAACAACAAAAACAACAACAACAAUUACAUGAACAAAAACAAAAAUUAAUUCAAAAUCAAUUACCUUCAAAACUAUCAUCACAACCAAAACCAAUUCAACUAGGCUCAACUUCUUCUUCUUCUUCAAGUAUUGAUGAAAAUUUAAAUACUGGUAUUGAUGAUAAUAAUAAUAAUAAUAAUAAUAAUAAUAAUAAUAAUAAUAAUAAUAAUAAUAAUAAUAAUAAUAAUAAUAAUAUUACUACAACUACAACUACAACUACUACUACAACAACUGCAAGUAGUUCAAAUAAUAACAAUAAUGCUACAAGCUAUUUAUUAUCACAAAAUACACCAGUCCAAAAUAGAAAAUUCAAUAAUAAUAUUCCUCAAAUCGUUAUAAAUACUGUUAUCACUCCACCAAUUCAGCCAGUACAAUAUCAAACAACAAAUGAUUUAAAUGAUGAAAAUAAUAAUGAUAAUGACAAAAAUAAAAAAGAGAUUGAAAAUAUCAAUAUUGAAGAACAAUUAGAAAAGGAGAAAAGAAUAUCAAUCUCUUCCUCAACUUCAACUUCAUCAUUGAUAAAUGAAAAUAAUAAUAAUAAUACAACCCUUGAAAAUGUUGAUGCAAUUUUAAAUGAAAUAUCAGCAAUUUCACAUAUUCAUGAAGAAGAUGAUGACGAUGAUGAUGAUGAGGAGAAAAGUCAACUUGAAAAAAUAGAAAGAAAGGAAGAAAAUAUCAUUUCAAUUAUAGAUAAUGUAAAAAUUAAUGUUGAAUUGGAGGAAGAAGAUGUUAAUGGUGAUGAUGAUGAUGAUGAUGAUGGAAUUUCAGAAACAUCAUCUUUAUCAUCUGAAGAGGAAUUGGAAAUUGAAUAUGAUAAACCACCUGAAAUAAUUUAUUCUAAUAAUAGUAAAGCAACAACUAUAAGAAUUGAAAAUAAUAGUGUUAUUACAACCACCACCAAUAAUAAUAAUAAUACUAAUACAAUCAUACCAAUGUCAACCAAUAAUACAACAACUGGAACUUCUACAACACCACCAAUUCAUUCAAAUGAGGAUGAUAGUUAUUUACAAUCAAUAUCCCCAUUCUCCUCAAUUCGUUCAAAGAAGAAAGGAUCAUUCUGGAAAUUUACAAAUUUUAUGAAAAGAAAAUCACCUCCAUCAACUUCACCAUCUCAAACUAGUCCUGCUUUAUCGUCAAUUAAAAGUACUCAUAAUAAUUUUAAUAAAAUUUAG